AGACACGACUCGAGCACCUGCCCAACGCAGCUCCAGCUACAGAACCAACAGGAAGACAAUCCCUCUCAAAACUCAACAAGAUGAAGGCCGCUCUCCUGCUCCUGGCCCUGUGCCUGACCUCCCUGUCUGAGGCUGUUGUGGUUAAAGAGGGAGAUUUUGUGUUCUCUCUGGAGUCGGUGAAGAAGCUUCAGGAUCUGGCUGAGAGCAGCAAGCUGUCCGACAAAGAGAACCCUCGCCUGUUGAGCACCAGCCUGGCAGCUGUCUGUAAUAACCCAGACCUGCCAAAGGAAUUCCUGCCUCUGUGUAUGCGGCGAGGAGCGUCUGAUUCUCUCUUCAGACUAGCCUUCAUGCCCAUGGAUGUGUGCGAGAUCUGCGCUUUUGCUGCCUGCACAGGGUGCUGAUGGAGAUGGCCGUCGUCGUGGGAACCUCCUGGGACCCCGCUAGCAGAUGCCUGCGUGACUGUUUCUUUUUGGGUUUCUGGUUUACCUCCAAGGUCGUUCCAGGUUUUGUUGAUUCGUUAUUUUCUCUGGUUGUUUCGGUUGGUUGAACGCAACAUAAUGGACUUCCUUGUUUCUUGAAUAUUCCUAUCCUUUGUCAUUUGUGUUUCUUGAAACUGAAAGACCAGCUAAAAGUGCAGG